AUGGUAGCUCACCGCCGCGGCCCCUGGUCGCAACACGAGGACCAGUGGCUUGUUAACCUCGUUGCUCGCAAUGGCCCACAUAAUUGGGUACGCAUUUCACAGGAGAUUGGUUCGAGAUCACCAAAGCAGUGCCGUGAACGCUACCACCAAAACCUGAAGCCAUCGUUGAACCACGACCCCAUCACACCUGAAGAGGGGGACCUGAUCGAGAAGAUGGUAUCUGAGAUGGGCAAGAGGUGGGCUGAGAUCGCAAGGAGGCUCAAGGGACGCAGUGACAACGCUGUCAAGAACUGGUGGAACGGUGGCCAGAACCGCAGGAAGCGCAACCCAGAGCGUCCUGACCAGCGACCCUGGGAGUACUCCCAGUCAUCGGAACACUACCAAUAUCCAUCAGCACCCCAGCACAUGCACAACCACGACGAGCAACAUUACCAUGACUCCCGUCGUUCCUCAUUGAACCCUCCCAUGCACACACCAUACGGCAUCAAGCUGCCCCAGCCUCAGCGUUUCGAGCCAUACCCUGGAUCACGACCACAGCCACUGGAGCUCUACGGACAACCUGCCAAUGUACGAGCACGAGGCUUCGAAACACCUAUGCCUUCGCCCUCAGGCUACUCCUCGGUCUCCGCCGAUGGCGCACCUUCCCUGAUCACAGACACUGGCUCCGAGUCGAGGUCACCUCGUGGUGCCGUAUCACCACUCGACAUCACUCUCGCACCUCUCGUCGGUAACAGAGAUGAGCGUAAGAAUUCGAGCACUCGCUACCUGCCUUCCACAGGCUUUGCAGUUGAGGACGACGUACACUCCGCAGCAUAUGACCCAUACAGGCGUCGUAGUUCCCUGCAGCUACCUCCCCUUCACCGUGAGGUCCAAGCACCCGCUCAGACAUACAAGGAGGUACAGGACGCACAGCAACCACCACAGCCACUGCUCACCCAGCCUGCACCGCAGCACGUUCACCACCACUCGCUGCCUCAAUCAUCAUCCUUCAGCGUACCGCAGCGCGCACUCCCAGGCUUCCAUUCUCUCACCGAGCCUAUACUGCCUCUACCUUCCACAUCAAGCGCAGCCACCAGCCCCGCAGUAAGGCAACUUCCAUCACCAUACGCACGGUCUGCCGAAGCACAAAGCGCACCGGUCUCCCCCAAAGACAAGAUGAGCCUCAAGAACAUCAUGUAG